UAGGUUUGAGAGAGGGUAGGGUUUUUAUAGCCAAAAUUUUGCUUCAUUCCUCGAAUGUGCUAUUACCUUAACUUGAAUGUUCAGGUAAGCAGGAAAGCGUACAGCCAAAUAUCAGAAAAUGACUAAACCAACAACAGUCCUCCCCUCCCCCAAGUCCCUAAAGCUUCCACUCUGCAAUGAGCGAAGGGAGUCACAGGCCUCGUACUUCCUCUCACAAAAAGCCACAAAAGGAAAUGCUGCUUUUGAAAUACACCAACGUGAGCUCUACAGAGACUUGUUAGUCUUCAGGGCUUUGGUCUGAGCUUCUCGUCUGGAUGGGAGGAAAGAUUUCUGCUUUGGUGCUUCCAUUAGAUGACCAUGUGACAGAACGGAUUAAGGGCAAUGGGAUCCCGGAUCAAGGAAAAUCCACAGAAAAUAUUUGAUCUUUUCUUCGAGACUGCCUGUCCAGUGUCUGGAGAUGAUGAUCCCCAAGUGCUCAGACAGUUCCCACUGGAAUUCGAUGACCAGGAAUCGAUCCAGAUGCUGCCCAGGUUUUGCUUCCCUUUUGACACUGAAAGGGUUCAGGAGAGCUCCACUGUCCAGCACUUUACUUUUGCACUCACCGACAUGGAAGGGAAGCAGCGCUUUGGUUUCUGCCGGUUGUCCAUAGGAUUCAAUACCUGCCUGUGUAUCCUCAGUUACUUACCCUGGUUUGAAGUUUUCUACAAAAUCCUGAACUACAUUGCGGAUAAUAUUGUCAAGAAGCAGUUUACGGAGCUGAAUGAGUUCUUGUCAGCACUGCAUAUCCACCCUAUGCCUAACCUGAACAGUUUUAUCAGCCUUGAAUUUGACCCAAAGCUGACCAAAUUGAAAAUUUUCACGGAGAAGGAUCAGAACAGGGAAGGCAGGAGCCAGGAUCCUGGAACAGCACUGGCUUAUUUCCUUGCUCCAGGCCAUGGCAAACUGCCCACCGUUCCUGAAAAUAGGAACCUGACAGAGUUUGUUGUGGCUGUCGAUGUGAACAACAUGCUGCAUUUGUAUGCAAGCCUGCUCCAUGAGAGACGGAUCCUACUGACCACCAACAAGCUGAGCACGCUCACCGCCUGUGUGCAGGCCUCUUCCUUAAUGUUGUACCCCAUGCACUGGCAGCACAUCUACAUCCCCGCAUUGCCAUCCCAUCUCCUGGACUAUUGCUGUGCCCCCAUGCCCUACCUCAUAGGAGUCCACACCAGUCUCAUGGAGAGAGUGAGGAGCAAGGCCCUGGAAGAUGUCGUCAUUCUCAACAUUGAUAGCAACACCAUGGAGUCGCCCUUCCAAGACCUGGAAAGUCUCCCAAGUGAUAUAGUCUCUCUUUUGAAGUUCCAGUUGAAGAAACAGUCAGCAACCACUGGGGAUGGUGUUGCCCGAGCCUUCCUCAGGGCACAGGCACUCUUGUUCGGUGGCUACCGUGAGGCACUUGUUUGUAACCCAGGAGAGCCUAUCUCAUUCUGCCAAGAGAGCUUCUUGCAGCGUGGAUCCAGUGCCAUGCAGGCCUUCCUCCAGAGAGCAAUUCACCUGCAGCUAUUCAAAGAGUUUAUUGAGGAUCGCCUGCAGAAGCUAAAUGCUGGGGAAGACUUCUCUGACCACUUUGAGCAGGAGAUCAAUCAAAACCUGUCCCCAGGUAGCAUGCAUGCCUAUCACUUGUGGCUGGAGAAUCUAAAGAAAGGUGGUGGAGCUCUGAUCAGUACUAUGAAGAACAAGGCCAAUCCAGCAGUCAGGAGCGCAUACCGAUAUGCCAAAGGCCAUGCCAAAACAAGGUUAAAGAAUAUGCGGAGCCGCCUGAUGGAUAAGGACUCCAGUGUAGACCAGCAUCGACAGCGAGAUCAUUACCUGAACUGCGAUCACAUCUCUAGUCCUAUCAUGCCUGACAGGAAUAGACAGUCUGAGACCCUGCAAAGCCGGUUGCCCAUCACCCAGCAUUUUGGGAAGUCCCGCCCCAGGAGACCACAAAGAUCGAACAGCAGGACAGAGUUGGAGAAUCAAAGAGAUGUUUCUCCGUCUUUGAGCACAACGUCAUUGGAUUGCUCCCUGGACCCAUAUGAAGGUGAAAAUCUGCAACAGAGUUCACUGGAUUCUGGUGAUUUUGAUCUCUUGGGUGAAAUCUUUGAGACGCUCAACCUGUUGGAGCCCAGCCCAGCUGGACGACCUCUCUAUGGCACCCGAAGCUUGGAUUUCUGCAAUUUAGAUGAAAAGAACUUCUAUACUAAGAUAAGACCCAGCAGAGAAACCCUUUAUGAACCCUUAUCAGAAGAACAGGAUGAUGGGGACUUCUUGUUUGUGGACAGGAUGUCCCUGCCCUCUCAGCACCAAGAGAGUAUGCAGAGUGCCUUGCUGCUAUCCAUGAGUUCUGCAAACCAAAGCCAUGAGACGUAUAGCUAUAGUACCCACGGGUCUCAAGAGGUAUGUGGUCCAGAGAAGGCAAGUUUGCCUCUCCAGGAAGAAGAGGAGGAGAUAGCUGCACCUGAUAGCAAUGAGCGGUCACAUGUGGGAUGGACCCAGAAUGCAGACCAAGAGGUCUCCCAACCUAUUGCACAGAGAACAGAAAGUCCUACUGGUAUCACACAUGUAGAGGAAUCAAGGGCUGACCAGAUCCUUGAUGUUUCAGCAGACAGCCCCAGCCCAAAGGAAGAACUGCCAGCCACUAGUUAUUCCAGCAUCCAGGCACCUGCAGCAUUGCACCAAACAAAAGUUAGCCAGAGCACCGAUGUCAAAGUAGACAAGGAGAACUUGCCCGCCCUUCAGCGGGUCACCAGCACACAACGCCUUUUGGCGCCCAGGCCCAUGGUCCAGCCCAGAGUCUUAGAACUGAAGAAGAGAUUUGAGGCCUAGAAAAUGGGCUAGGGAUACAGUUGGGAAGUCAGAACUUCUAGAGAUGUAGCUUCUGGAAAGAACACAUUGGUCCCGUGGCUGGUGUAAGAUGCACCAGAGAGCUGUCCACUAAAAGAAGACUCUGGACUUUAAGAAUCUCUAGUACAAGCAAUAGCUAUGACAGACCCAAAUUGUGGUUAUGAGCCAGCCAUUCCAGUUAUGGCCAGCCAUUACUGGAAGUUUUGUUUCCUUGAGCCAUUCCUGAAACCCAUUUUUGCUUCUCUCUGAUCCCUUCCACAUAGCUGAAUAAAAUCCCACAUGUUCUGCUUUGAACUGGAAUAUAUGGCAGUGUAGAUUCAGAUAACCCAGUAUUUUUUGUUUGUUUUUUUUCGUGUCAGGAGCAACCUGAAUUGCUUCUGGAGUGAGAGAAUUGACCGUCUGCAAGGACGUUGCCCAGGGAACGCCCAGAUGUUUUGAUGUUUUUACCAUCCUUGUGGGAGGCUUCUCUCAUGUCCCCGCAUGGAGCUGGAGCUGAUAGAGGGAGCUCAUCCGUGCUCUCCCCGGGUGGGAUUCGAACCUGGCAGCCUUCAGGUCAGCAACCCAACCUUCAAGUUCAAACCCAGUUCAAAGCAGAUGUUGUGGGAUUUUCUGCCUUGAUAUUCUGGGUUAUUUGUCUGUGUGGAAGGGCCCUCCAUCAGUUUCCAUAAUCAGAAGUUUGUUCUCCUGGCCAGCUGAAGACUCCUAGCUCUAGAAGCUAGCAUCUAGGCUUUGAAUUGUUAUUUUUUGGGGGUACAAUUUUUAAAAAUGUAAAAUUUCCAAUCUUUGCAUAGAACAGACAUUUAAAUAAAUUUGCCACACUGGCCAGAUUCCCAUUCCUCUUCUAAACAGAGAAAACUGCUUUUUGUGAAAUAUUUCCUUGUGUAAGAACCAAGAGUCAUAUGAGAAAAAGCACAUGAAUGAGCACUGACUGCUGUAGUCUGGUUCACACAUGCUUUCAUCACUUGAUGGGUACUCUGUCAGGUCAUGAUGGGAAUAAACAAUACACUUAAAUAAAA